UACACACAUCUACACAACCCUGUUGAUUACGCAAGGAACAGCAAGGAAUAAUAUUCUCAGAGGAAAAAAUUCUAUAAUAUACAGCAUCAAAGAUGCCGUUUUUCAAAUUCAGUCAUUUUACUGGAAGAUUGACAGAGAACAAUCGUUUAUUACCACUCAAUCCAAUUAAACCAGUUCCAUUGGAUACUGCUGAAGUACCACCAAUUAGGUUCGACACAGUUAAAACACAAGCUGCUAAAUCUGCUGCACCCUCUUCUGCUGGUGGUUCUAGUGUUGCCAAUAACCCUGAUUACGCUCGUCUUAAUCCAAAAAAUCAUGCAUUUAUGAAGAAGUUACAGGCUGAUUUGGAAGCUCCCGUAUACUUGGCUAAAGGAACACCGGACAAAAUUCUUUUUGGCAUCACUGUUGCUAUAGUAGUAAUAGCUUCUUUUGAAUCCUUCCGAUUUUUGUGGAGAAAAGCUAAUCCAUAAAAAGUUUAUAAAUAUUAAAAAAUUUUGUAGAUAAAAUAUGAGAUAUUCAAUACCGUUCAAUUCGUUGUAAUUCUAUUAAAACAAUAAUCCGAUAAAUUAACAAUAAACUA